AAAACAAAACCUCUUUCUGCCAAAAAAUUUGCAGCGGCAACACGGAAGUGGAGAGAGAAACCGUUGACCCACGGAUCUAGUACUCCUUUCUGUUCCUCCCAUUUCAAUUCUUUGUAAGUCAUCCAUCUUUCAAUUAGAUUCUUUCAUUCCUCAUCGGAUCUCUCUGCAAAAUUGCAUUUUUGCUUGAAUUUCCUGUUUGGGUUUUUUUUUGUUCGUUGUGCAAUGGAUAGUAGCUAUUCUGUUAUACCUAAAGACUCGUAUGUAGAGUUGCAAAUUCAAAAUGAUGUGCAAGAGCUGAGAUCCCAACAACAAACCCACAAAAGAUUGCUCCCUUUUGAUGGAGAGAACUGGGUAGAUCCUAAAAUUGUGGAUGGUGAUGAUGUUGAUGAUGAUGGGGACAUUGAUAUUGAUAAUUAUCCUCUUGUUCAUGUAACAUCCAAUAAUCGGUCUGGCAUUUCUGGUGCUGUGUUUAACCUUACUACAUCAAUUAUUGGGGCUGGGAUGAUGGCCUUGCCUGCUACCAUGAAAGUUCUGGGGUUGGUUUUGGGAUGUGUGUUGAUAGUCUUGAUAGGAAUUUUGUCUGAAAUAAGUGUUGAAUUGUUCGUAAGGUUUUCAGUUUUGUGUAAGGCUAGAUCAUAUGGGGAAGUCGUGCAGAGUGCCAUGGGAAGAACUGCAAGGGUUUUAUCAGAAAUAUGUAUAAUCAUAAACAACGCUGGUGUUUUGGUAGUGUAUUUGAUAAUAAUGGGUGAUGUUAUGUCGGGUUCACUUCAUCAUACUGGGGUUUUUGAUCAAUGGUUGGGGAAUGGAGUCUGGGAUAACAGAAAGUUGUUGAUUUUGGUUGUUGUGGUGAUUUUUCUUGCGCCACUUUGUGCCUUAAAUAAGAUUGAUUCUUUGAGCUUGACUUCAGCAGCGUCUGUGGCACUUGCAGUUAUCUUUGUUUUUGUUUGUUUUGUUGUUGCAUUCAUUAAGCUCAUUGAAGGAAAGAUUGAAGCUCCCAGGAUAGGACCAGAUUUUGGUUCAAAGCAAGCAAUUCUGGACUUGCUUGUGGUCAUCCCAAUUAUAACUAACGCAUAUGUCUGUCACUUUAAUGUUCAACCCAUAUAUAAUGAACUUGAAGGUUGUUCUCCCCAAAAGAUGAACCAGGUUGGAAGGAUCACUACAGUACUUUGUGUUGUGGUAUAUGCUUCAACGGCCAUAUCAGGGUAUCUACUCUUUGGGAAGGAUACUGAAUCUGAUGUCUUGACCAACUUUGAUAAGGAUCUUGGGAUUCGUUUUAGCACUGCCUUGAACUACAUUGUACGAGUUGGCUAUGUUCUUCACUUGGUUCUUGUUUUCCCUGUUAUCCAUUUCUCCUUGAGGCAAACGGUGGAUGCCUUGGUGUUUGAGGGGGCAGCUCCCCUUGCAGAGAGUAGGAAAAGGUCAUUUGCAUUAACGGUAGUAUUGCUGGCACUUAUUUAUUUUGGGUCUACCAUAAUCCCUAACAUAUGGACAGCUUUCAAAUUCACGGGGGCAACAACAGCUGUUUCGUUGGGUUUCACAUUCCCAGCUCUAAUUGCACUAAGGCUAAGUCAUCAAGGAGUGAUUUUGAGCACUGGGGAGAGGUUUUUGGCAUGUUCAAUGCUAAUCAUGGCAGUAAUUGUAAGCAUUGUUGGGGUUAUUGGCAAUAUUUAUAGCAUCAGAAGUGAGUCUGAAUGAUUGCAGCCUGGUUCAAUUUGAUUCUUUACUCAAAGGCACAGAUGAUGAUUCUCCACCAGAGUCAUAUGUGAAAUUUAUGUAUUUUACACGUCUCUGCUCCGCCAACUGCUACAAUCAAACUCAUUUCAGAUGAUUGUAGAGGUUUCAGCAUAGUUGCAAGGGUCUGAUGGUUUUUCUCAUCUAGAUUUGCAGUCCUUUUGUACUCUUCUCAGCUACUCUUAACAGGUCAGCUAGAUUAGAUGGUGAAGAAUUGAGGAGAAUACUUUUAAUAGGCCUACCAGCACAAGUUUUUGAAAAUUUUAUCGUCAUGGAAAAUACACAGAACUUAAAAUAAAUUUUUUUAAUGUUCUUCCUCUACUCUUUUUUUUGGCUGCGGACAUUGUAUUACUGUCAGACUCACAUUCCUGUAUUCUUGAUUUUAUUAACAUGAGGAAUAUGUAUUUGGUCAUUUCACUCGUUAGCAUUUUUGCAGGGUAGAAUUGUCUCGUUUUUAUAUAAAUGAUUGCUCAUUUA